UUCAUCAUGACCUUAACGACUCGUUAAUCGUAUCUGCGUUGUACAGCUACUCAUCCUUUCAUUUGUAGACAGAAGGUGCUGUCCAGCUUAGAAUAUGUGAGAAGUAAAGAUCUGAUAAAGUAUAGUUUCACUGGUUUGCAGCGGAUUUGAGUUUUGCCCUUUGACAAACCUCUGAUGAUAAAGAUGAUGGUGAUAAUACUUUUGCCGUUAUUCAGUGCCUGUGUUAGUGUAGGCCUUUCAUCUGACACUUUCAGGGAAGAAUAUGGGAACAAAUAUAAGAUAAGAGUACUCAUUUGGGUUCAUUCCAUUGAAUUUGUGCCCAAGUACAGCACAGAAACAUCAGUCCUGUGGAAACGUGACAACCCUGAGGCCAGCAAGGACACCAGGAGGAAGAUGGAAGGGUACUACUAUGUGAUAUAUAAUGUCACACAAAAAGACAGCGGCCGGUAUAUAUUAAGGAACAGCGAUGAGACCACUUUUUCAACGAAGACCGUUGAGGUAGUAGCCAACACCCGAACCAUCAGUCUGAUGUCUGGGGAACAACUCGCCUUCAGUUUCGAUCUGGAGCCAAACUCCUGCAACAUUUACUUCUUUCCAGAAUUUGAUCAUGAGAUUCAGAUAGUUCGUCAAGGCGUGUUGCUGCUGGAUUCAGACCAGUCUGGUUGCGUGGGGUUUAAGCUUUUAAAGCCAUGUUGGAUUUCCAAUAAGGCUGCCCAAAUGUCAUGUGCCGGACGCUUUGAGGUCAGAGAUCACGAUGACAAGGCCUUGACGGUGUUACUAGAAAUGAAGCCUUCUAAAUUUAAUUCCACCUACCUCUUUGCUGGUAUUGGCUCUUUAGUCUUUGCACUUUUGAGCUGUUGCUUGAAGUAUUGCUGCUGUGGGAAGGGAUCCUCAAAAAAGGACAGCACAGAGUCUGCUGCCGAGUCUGAUGCUGCUGCUGCUCCUGAUAAUAAUGACCAACCAUCUGUGUAUUAUCAUAAGUAUGACCAAGAACCUGUUGGACUGAGGCCAAACCAACCCACUGAGCCCUCUGAGACACCCUGCCACACCGAAACUUCUCAUGCUGCAUCUGAUCUGCUGAUACAUAAUCCUCCAACUGAACUGCCACCUCCUUAUUCUGAGGUUUCAGCUCCGGCAGAACAAACGGAUGCUCCAACUUUCCCACUUUGUUCUGACCAAGAGCCACAAUUUAAAAUAAAGGGGAUAAAUUUUAACAUGAAUACCCAUCACACCGAUGUUUAUACCUCAGACAAAUUAAACUUCCUCUGAAAGACUUAAAUAUACAAGGACUCAAGGUUGGUUUUACCCUAUUAAUGGUGUGUUUUUGCAAUAGUAACACAUAGGAGCCUUUUAAAUGUACUCAUUAAUGCUACAUAAAAAUAAUAAUUCAUUAUUUUGGGAAAAUUAAUAAUAAUAAUAAUAAUAAUAAUAAUAAUAAUAAUAAUAAUAAUAAAAGAAAAAUAAUUAAAUAAAUGGGCAAGAAAAAUAUUUAAUUUCUUUUUUAUGGAUUAAACAAAAGAUAACAUUUUUAUUGGAGCUUUUUUUUUUCCCUAAAGUGCUUUCCUUCGUACAAAACCAAACUAGCUGUUUCCCUCUGUCUAAAUAUUUAAGCUAGUAUAUAUCUCUAGAUUACUUAUCAAAUACUUUGUUUCCUCUUUCUAUGCAUGUUUUCAGGGAAUAUAUAGUAUAUCACCUGUGCACGGCCUUGUAUUUUAACUGGUGCUUCAUAUUUAGCCAGCCUAUCUCUGUAAUGCAUUAACAUUGAAACAGGUUGUAAUAUUUGAUGCUGGUACAGUUAAAUGUAGAUGUGGAACACAGACAGACUAGAGUCCAAUGUUUUGAGACCAACUGUGAGGAUAUUUCUAUUCAGUACUAAAUGCAAAGUAGUAUUUUUGUUAAACAUGAAACCACCUGCUUUGAGUGAAAAGUUUAUUUUCUGAAAAAUGUCUCAAAGACAAGCAGUAGGUACAGUCUUUAUCCCCCUUUUCAAGCCUGACAUCCUGCACAUUCACUGAAAAGGACCCAAGGAGCCUUUUGUAACGUCAGAAAUGCUUGUCAGUCAAGUGCCUCCUCUAAAAAUAUCCAGUGCAUGAGGACAGUAUGUAGUUUACUGUAUUCCGGUAUUUCUUUAAAGCUCUAACAUGCUGCAGUAUUGGUGCUUCUAAAAAAAGAAAUAAAAAGCCUCAGCCUGCUACCUCCAGCUUGGAUUAAUAUGGAAAUGGGACUCCUUACAAUCAUCCACUGUGGCAUUAUGUGUCUGAAGGGAAUGCCACCUAUCCUCUGAGGCAAAGACAGUCUGUACUAGAUUUUUUACUUGUGUUUGCUGUUUCACAUUUUUUUUUAAAUGUAAUGAAGUUUGUUUUAUCUCUUCAUAAUCAAAGCUGUGGUGCUGUAUUGAUCCCGCAGUGGAGUGAUUACUUUUGGUUGGAAUAUAAAACAACAUGCACUGUCAUUCUCUACGCUGCCCCCUUUCACUCAGAGAGAGGCUCUGUCUGUCUUCAGGCGCCUUCACAUUUUUCUGAAACUAUAUUUCCCACUAGACAGUACCCCUUAGUGACCAGUAGUAGGCUGGAAACUUGAAUUUGUAUGUCUAUUUACAUGAACAAGAAACAUGGAAAUGUUACGUCCUCUAUUUGGUCUCAGUCUCUUGGACAUCUCUGUAUGGACUAUUUUUUUUUUUUUUUUUUUGAGUUUAUGAUGAAUAUGCACUACAUUGUCAGACACUGACUGCCUUUUCCUAAUACAUUUUUUAUUGGAGUAAGAACAGAAUACCUCGACACCUCGUAGCUGCACUACCGUCAACAUUGUGCCAGAAGUGCAUUACUGCAAAUGUCAGUUUCACUACAGUACAUCUGCAGCCUUUCUAAACAGUAACUACCAUUAUACUAUAAUUAACACUCAUACACACUUUAAUACAAUGGUAGAGUUUGAAUAAUUAAUGUCAUUAAUGUUAUCACAUAUGAAUGUUUUGAAAUGCAUGACUUUUGUGUAAAUGUAUUUGUUUAACCUUAUAAGAACACUAAGAGUGGUUCACUUUUCUAAAUGUAUUUCAGUAUAUUUCCAUUCUGUGCCAGGUCAAUUAAAAUAAAAACUUUAAAACAUG